AUGCCCGAGGGAACGACCCCGGCUCGAGGCGCCGGCAGGGCUCGCGGCCGAGGAGCGAGAGGCAGAGGUGCAGGAAGAGGAGCUGCUGCCAGUGUCACACCAAGUGCCGAGACGCCUGCGCCGACAUCCAGACCUUCCUCGGCACUAGGCACUGCUUCGGCAACCGCAGGACCUUCCAGAGAUUCCGCAACUCCUCGGCCAGCGCCCACGCGGGGCACCUCGGUCGGCAGAUUUCGCCCCAAGGUCGUGCGCAGAGACGAGGCCGCAAGAGACGCCAUCGCUCGACAAGAGUUGGAGAAAGACAAUGCGAGGGCAAAGGCUGAGGCUCGAGCGCAAGCCCGGUCCCGAGGUCGUAGUCGGCGAGCUCGUGGAGAUGCCAUGGGUAGGGGUGGAUUCAUGUCGCGAACUGCUGUUGCUAGCGGCCCCUUCUCGCAAAUAAACAUUGAGGGAGGCGGAAGAUCCGGAGGCUGGGGAGGUGGUGGUGGUGGCGGUAGCGGCGCCGGCGGUGGUGGUUUCUUCGGUGGCGGCGGAGGGGCAGAGCCAAGAGAGAAGGCGGCCUCUGGCCAUCGCGAAGCCCGAAUCAAUGCCGACAGACUCGCCGGAUACGCGGUUGACCGCGAGCCAGACUCCGACGACGAAGCGACCGCAGCUCUCAUCAGCUCGAAGCCCGAUAACAUCUGGCCUAUGGGUAUUGCCCGAAUCGACAAGAAGGAAGAGAAGAAGGUCAUUGCGACCUCGGCUGAGCUUGAGGCAGAAGAACAAGGAAAGGCGGAAGAAAGUCUAUGGGUUGACGGAAAUGAGUCUUGGGCCGGCGCCGUUCCCCGGGUGGAGGAAGAGACCAAGGUAUGGCAUGCGGCACCCAAGGGCAUGGUCCAGGUCAAGGCAGAACCAGGAGCUGAGCCAGGAGCCAUGGAUAUUGCGCCGGUUGAUUUCGACCCCCGAGUCAAAUCCUCGACCCCUGAAGCCGAGGAGAAGAUUACGCCUGAACCGAAGACGAAGAAGCCAGCGGCUGACCCCGAGGUGGAAAUGAUUACACACGAUAUGCAACUUUUAUUGGGCGAGCUGGGCACUGUUUCCGACGAGAACUCAAAAGCACCCGAGGCCGAAGCUGUACAGGACAAGGACGGCCGAUUAUACCUCUUUCAAUUCCCGCCCCUGCUCCCACCCUUACAUCCUGCGACGGCGCCCAAGGUCAAGCCGGAGCCGGACGACGUUGUCAUGCUGGACCAGCCUGGCGAAGCGGUCGAUCUCACCAACUCGGAUGAGAACAUCAAAGCCAAGGCCGAGGAGGACAAGGACAUUGACCUGACCGACAUCAAUCAACUUGUGUCCCAGGCCGGCAUGAUGGGCAAGCUCAAGGUCCGCAAGUCUGGCAAGGUCGAGUUGGAUUGGGGUGGACGAACUCUAGAGCUCAGCCCAGCGGCGGGGAUGAACUUCUUGACCACGGCAGUGAUCGUGGAGGAGUCGGACGAAAAAACGAAGCAGGGUGUCAUUGGCGGCGACAGCAUUGGUAUGGGCAAAAUCAUGGGCAGAUUUGUUCUCGCACCCACCUGGGGCGACGAAGAAGAAUGGGAAGUCGACCCGGAUGAUCUUGUUGUCCCCAACGAGUAG